GUUCUUUCUUCAGGUUGUGUGGAGGAGAAUUGUGAACCGAGAAGAAGAAGAUGGGUGGCGGUGCCUUGGCGCCAUGGCUGCCGUUGCCAAUCCCUUCCCACCAUAGACCCACUAAGCUUUAUUAUACUGGUUGUACUAAAUCAACGCCACGGCCUCGUUUUGGUUGCUUCAGUUCAAUGGUUUCUCAAGCCGAACAAACACAACCAUCUUCCUCGGCGGCCCCGGUUCCCUCCUCCUCCUCCACCUACCGCCCGGCUGUCAUUCUUCCGGGCUUGGGAAACAAUACGAGUGAUUAUGAGAAAUUAGCUCUGAUACUAAAGGAUUAUGGUAUUCCGACGGUGGUUCUGAAGGUUUCUAGAAUCGAUUGGUUGAGGAAUGCUGCUGGUUUGCUUGAUCCUAAUUACUGGCGCGGCACUUUGCAGCCACGCCCUGUUCUUGAUUGGUACUUUAAGAAGUUGGAUGAAGCUGUUAGUGAGGCAAAUGAAUUAGCCCAAGGUGGUCCCUUGUCUUUUAUUGGACAUUCAGCUGGAGGAUGGCUAGCCCGAGUAUAUAUGAAAGAAUUUGAAUUCUCUAAUAUCUCCCUAUUACUGACACUAGGAACACCACAUCUCCCUCCACCAAAGGGAUUGCCAGGAGUUGUUGAUCAGACAAGGGGCCUUUUGUACUAUGUGGAAGAGCAUUGCCCAAAAGCUGUCUAUACACCAAAACUUAGAUAUGUAUGUAUCGCUGGGAGGUUUAUUGAAGGAGCUCGGUUUUUUGGCCCAAGUGAUGGUGUUUCUGCUGUGGAAGUAAGCAUUGAGGAACAAAAUUCGGAGAUUGCUGCUGUGAACGCAACGAAACCAUCAGCUCCCACCUUCCGAGCUCGUUUUGUUGGUCAAGGAUACAAGCAGGUUUGUGGCCAAGCAGAUACCUGGGGUGAUGGAGUCGUGCCGGAAAUAUCUGCACAUCUUGAGGGCGCAUUGAAUGUUACUCUAGAUGGAGUGUAUCACUCACCUGUCGGCUCCGAUGAUGAGACGAGACCAUGGUAUGGCUCUCCUGAAGUUGUUAAGCAAUGGAUUCACCAUCUGCUGAACUAGUCUUGUAAUUAUAGAUCCCUGAAAGGGAGAACAUUGUUUGUGUUAAUAGCUUUGUCCAUUUGAUUCUUUGGCUAGUUGUUACAUUGUUUCUGCUGUUUCUGCUCCACUGAUGGAGUCGGUAUAAAAUGAGGAAAAUGUACAAAAAAAUUUACAAAAUCUUCUUCACGGUAGUGAAUACUGUCUUUGUUAUAUUAGACUCGGAUGUCUUCAAAGGAUAUUGCAUUGUAUAUCGAAUAAAUGUGUUUCACAUACACAGUAGUGAAGAAAUGAAGGGUUCAAAUCAUAUCAAUCUAAUCAGGCGUAGGAAAAAUUGUAAGAGCCAACAUAAGUUUUGUUUGGUAAAAGGUUGGAAUAACUCAUAGGGCAUUCUCUGUUACAUCCUCAAUGAAACAUCUCAUGGAAGUAUAGGAUGAUCCUCCUUCCUUUAGGACAGAAUGACUCUUAGCUUGCAUUUGCUUCACCUUCUUUCUCACUUCACCCUCUGGUUCCAUAACAAGCCUAAUCCCUUUUUCAAUCAAAUCUGCGCUCACAUCUUCGCUGUUCAACUCCGGUGUUGCCUGAGCAUGCCUCCUAUAGUCCAUUUUAAUCUCCACUGACAUCUCCAAAUCCUUCACUAGCAGAAACGCAUUCACCUGCUGCUCAGCGUAAAGCGGCCAAGUCGCGACCGGCACGCCAAACCAUAUACUUUCAAGCGUAGAAUUCCAUCCACAAUGCGAAACAAAACCUCCCACUGCAGGAUGUGACAAAACGGCAACCUGAGGCGCCCAUCCGAUUAUCUUUCCCUUGUCAGAGUUCCGCUGCAAAAACCCUUCUGGCAAUACUUCUCCCAAGUUCUCACAGUCUUCAGGGUAUGCAAAUUUGCCUGGAGGAGGAGGUUUUCUCAAUGACCAUAAGAACCGGUAACCGGAAUGCUCGAGCGCGUUCGCGAUUUCCUUCACUUGUUCACCAUCAAAUGCUCCUCCGCUUCCAAAACAAAGGAACACAACAGAUGAAUCAGGUUGAACAUCCAACCAUUUAAUAAUACUCUGUUCAUCUUCUUGCUGCUCAUUCCCUUUCCCUCCUUUAAGCUUCAACAAAGGUCCAAUUGCGUAAACAGGCGGGAUGUUACUAUCAUUACUCAAAGCCUCAAUAGCUUGAGUUUCCAACUCUUUGAACGAGUUGAUUAAGAUUCCCUUAGCCUCCCUGCAUCUCUUAGCCUGAUCAAGAAACACCUUGCCGCCUCCUUCUUUGUCGAAAAAAACAGAGGGCAAAACGCUGGUCGGAACAUGAUUGAUAAAACUCGGAACAUCUAGAGCAGUGCUUUCUUCCAAAACCUUAAAAUCUGUCACAUCUACAUUCUGAUCAUCUCUUAAGCUUUGGAUAUGUAACGUAAGGCCAAGCAUUGAGGCACAAGAAGGAUAAAAAACAUAAAAAGGGACCCCAUUUUCAAUGGCAACAUCAAACAUGGAUGUGCAGAACGCGUCAAAAACCACCCCAGCAAGCUUACAACUCGUAUCGGAAUCGAUUAAUCCAGUGAGGAUUUCUCGGACAUGAGGCUCAUGGCUAUCAACAAAUCGGAAGAAAAACAUGUUACCUGAUAACAUUUUUGAAGGGUCGGUUACUUGAGCUGGUUUUAGAUCAAUAAACUUGAUCCGAGGAUCCGAGGAUUCUGUUGAGGAUUUCUUGUAGCUGAGGAAGUUUGUGUCAAAAGGGUAGCCCAUGAUCAGGAUUGUGAUGGAGAGAUGAUUGUUUUGAGUGAUGAGGAGAUUUGCUAACUCAACAAAUGGCAACAAAUGGCCUGCCCCUGCUGCUGGAAUGAACACCAACUCUGCUUUUCUUGUUUCUGCCAUUGUUGAUGACACUCAACUAGUGACUGGAAAUCUAAGGGGGGAGGAUUCAGCGGGAAAAUAAAAUGAGAACUUUAAUUCGGGUUUUGCGAAGGUACUUCUAUUAUGUUAAUUAAAGAUACAAAUAGAUAAUUACAGAAUGGUUCUGAGAGUUUUGAAAUGGGAAGAUGAACAUGGCUCGUAUAGAUAUAUGUACGUGGUGAGUUUG